CUAGAAUUCAAUUUUUCUUAUCAAAUAUUCUCCAACCUUUCAUGCUACAGAGAUACACCCCUUCUUCUAUAUAACAACCCCUUCUCCCCCUUUGUUUCGAUGACUCCACAUUUUUACUACUGGAGUUCAAAACCAAAUGGAUCAAUCUUUUCCUUACUUCAUUAUCCUCUUUCUUCUUACUUUAAUUUCAUUCAAGCUCUUUUCAAAUCGUAAAUAUAGAACAAAUCAAACAAGUGCAAAACUUCCUCCGGGUUCAAUGGGGUGGCCUUACAUAGGACAAACCCUCCCAUUCUACUCUCAAGAUCCAAAUGUUUUCUUCUUCACCAAACAAAAAAGGUAUGGAGAAAUAUUCAAGACAAACAUCCUAGGAUGUCCAUGUGUGAUGUUGGCAAGUCCAGAAGCUGCACGUUUUGUGUUAGUCACACAAUCUCAUUUAUUUAAACCAACAUAUCCUAAGAGCAAAGAAAGUUUGAUUGGUCCUAGUGCUCUGUUUUUUCACCAAGGUGAGUACCAUUUGCGUUUGAGGAAGCUUAUUCAGAAGUCUCUCUCCCUCGAUUCACUUCGCAACUCGGUUCCCGACAUCGAAACCCUAGCCAUUUCCACCAUCAAAUCUUGGAGUGAUGAUAAAGAUGAAGAUGGACGCAUAAUUAACACGUUUAAGGAAAUGAUGAAAUUUUCAUUUGAAGUUGGAGUUCUCAAAAUAUUUGGAAAUCUAGUGCCAAGGUUGAAGGAAGAACUAAAGAAGAAUUAUUGGAUAGUUAACAAUGGUUACAAUUCAUUUCCAACUCAAAUUCCUGGCACACAAUACAAAAAAGCACUCAUGGCAAGAAAGAGACUUGGAAGUAUUUUAAAGGAAAUAAUCAGUGAGAGGAAAGAGAAGAAGAUGGUGGAAAGUGAAAGAGAUCUUUUGAGUUGUUUAUUGAAUUGGAAAAGUGAAAAUGGAGAAAUGUUAAGUGAUGAUGAAAUUGGAGAUAACAUUAUUGGAGUGUUGUUUGCUGCUCAGGAUACUACAGCUAGUGUCAUGACAUGGGUGGUCAAGUACUUGCAUGAUGAACCCAAACUUCUUGAGUGUGUUAAGGAUGAGCAAAAGGCAAUUCACAAGCAAAAUGAUGGUAACCUACCUCUCAAUUGGAAUCAAAUUAGAAAUAUGCCAAUUACCAAUAAGGUUGUGUUAGAGAGUAUGAGAAUGGCAAGUGUAAUAUCAUUUCUUUUUAGAGAAGCAGUGGUAGAUGUAGAGUACAAAGGAUUUCUAAUACCAAAAGGAUGGAAAGCAAUGCCAUUGUUCAGAAAUGUUCAUCACAAUCCAGAAUUUUUUCCAGACCCUAAGAAAUUCAACCCUUCAAGGUUUGAGGUUUCACCAAAGCCAAAUACUUUCACGCCAUUUGGCAGUGGAGUACAUGCUUGUCCUGGAAAUGAGCUUGCUAAGCUGGAGACCUUGAUUAUGAUCCAUCAUUUGGUCACUAAGUUUAGGUUGGAAGUGGUAGGAUCACAAUGUGGGAUUCAAUAUGGCCCAUUUCCACUGCCUUUGAAUGGACUCCCAGCUAGGUGUUGGAGACAAUCUACCACCAACUAGAAAAAGUAUCAAUCACAUCAUUGCUGAGAAAUAAUGCACUUUCCAAAUACACAAAUUAAUCUCUUUUUUUCCCCUUUCUAUAUUGAAUAUGUAAUUUUUUUCGUGGGUGGGCACUUCAAAAAGAAAGAUUGGUAAUGCCUCAACAUGAAAAUUUGAUAACUAUUAUUGAAUAUUGAGUCAAGAGCUUAAAGAAAUACAAUGUUAAUCUAAGGACCAAGAUUCUCGGCGGUUAGAUCAACACGCAUCCGGAUUAUCAAUAAAUAAGAACAAUAACGGAAACAUAGUUGAAAAGUUAGUUAUAUAGUUAAAGAGUUAUUUAGCUUACACUACAAGUUUUUAUAUCAUAGAUGUGACCCAUAAUAGCAUAGUGGGAGCUAUCAUCUCCAUAUAUAAACAUUAUAACUUUCGGUUA